AUGAGACUUGACUCAAAGAAAAAGGGCCUAAGUCUGGAGGAGAAGCGCAGUCGCAUGAUGGAGAUCUUCUUUGAGACUAAAGAUGUGUAUCAGCUGAAGGACAUUGAGAAGAUCGCCCCAAAACAGAAAGGAAUCACGCCCAUGUCGGUGAAGGAUGUACUGCAGAGCUUGGUGGAUGACAACAUGGUGGACUGUGAGCGAGUGGGCACCUCUAACUACUACUGGGCAUUCCCCAGCAAAGCUGUGAAUGUGCGCAAGCGGAGGAUUGAUGAACUGGAGAAACAGCAUGAAGAAGGGAAACAAAAGAAGAUAGCCCUGCAGCAUGCUGUGGACAAAGCUAAAGUGGGACGCCCGGACACAGAGGAGAGGGCUGCCCUACACCAGGAGCUAAAGGACCUGAGAGAGCAGAAGGCCCAGCUGAAGGCCGAGCUGGAGAAGUACAGAGAGUGUGACCCGGAAGUCGUUGAGGGCAUGCGCAAAGAAAACAUUACUGCUAAAGAGGCUGUGUCUAGGUGGACAGAUAAUGUUUUCGCCAUUAAAUCGUGGGCCAAGAGAAAAUUUGCGUUUGAGGACAGCCGAAUUGACAAAGCAUUCGGAAUACCUGAGGACUUUGAUUACAUGGAUUAACCGCCAUUCGUCUUCUCUCCACAACCACGAGCCCAUCCACCUGAGUCCUGAGAGGAAACUUAGAGAUCAUCACUUACUAGAGACGCAACUCCACGAUGCCUUAACUCUGUUGUCGGCCUUGUCCCUCUUUUUCCGAGUUGCCACAGUAGAUCAUGCCCUGCCAUCUGAUGUGUGCAGUUGAGGGUCACAGCUGGAAAUGAGAUUAACGUGGAACUGGAGAAGGUGCUAUACCAACUCCUGGCUGCCCCCUGCCUCUCUGAUCCUUUCUCAGAUGGAACCUGACUGUUGGGACACCUGUUGGUGUGAAAAGCGAGCCUGUGCCCUGACGAGAAUGGAAAUACGGAAGACAGGCCUAUCUGGAUUUUGGUUUAUUGAAUGUUCCUCAAAAUGUAUGGAGGAAUGUCCAGAUGGGUUAAAUUGGUUGGGCAUUUUUGGAGGGAAAAUAAAAAGCAAAGCUACAGAGAUAAAGCACAAUGUCUGUGGUGCAAUGCCUCAAGGUGCGUUCUCAUUAGCAUUUACACAAGUAAAGGUCUGCUGCUGCUUGCUCCGUUUAAGAGUUUGAGAGUCAACAAGCCCCACCCAUUAUAGAUGGAUCAAACUAGCAUACAUUCUGUUUGACAUCUAAAUGAAUGCUGUAGUUAUGCCCCAUGACUGAAAUUCCAAUCUUCUUCAUGCUGAACAAAUAAGCAAUCAUUUUUGUAUUCAAUUUUUUUUGGUUCCGCUUAGUCUAAUAAAUGCAAUGUGUCUACAAUUGA